CAGACUUUCGGGAAGUGUAACUGGUUUAUCUGUAGUGAAUGAACAUGGUGCAAUUGACAGAAAACUAGGCUUGGGGAAACAACUUCAAGGUGCCACAGCAAUUGUUUGUUUCAAGGAAGAUGGAUAGCCUAGUGUUUUCAGCUUCACACCAUAGGUUUUACGAAUGAAGAUGCUUAAUUUCUGUUGGAGAAAUGGGGCAGUACUACUAUUGUGGAUGUUGCAUCUGUUUCUUGUCUGAAGAGGACAGGAACGCCAUCGCCAUAAAUAAGGAAAUCAAACACAUCCUUGCAGAGCAGAAGAAAAGGGAACGGAGAGAAGUCAAAUUGCUUUUAUUAGGCACUGGAGAAAGCGGAAAGACAACGUUUAUGAAGCAGAUGAGGAUUAUUCAUGGAAAGGGCUUCUCAGAAGAUGAGAAGCGCAGCUACACUAAACUGGUUUUCCAGAAUAUCUUCCAAGCAAUGAGUGCAAUAACAGAAGCCAUGAGCACGCUAAAGAUUCCCUACUCCAACCCAAAGAACGAGAUUUAUGCCCAGUGGUUCCAGGAUCAGGACAUACAUCAGAUAACUCAGCUGCAGAGAAGUUAUGUAGAGGCUAUUCGUCACCUGUGGGAAGAUAAAGGCGUUAAGAUGUGCUACAAACGACGCAGAGAGUAUCAGCUACUGGACUCCACUAAGUACUUUAUUGGUAACUUGGACCGCAUCACAGCCGAAGGCUACAUCCCUACAAAUCAAGAUAUUCUUCAAGUCCGAUUCCCCACUACUGGCAUCACAGACCAUUGCUUUGCAUUGGAGAAGAUGACUCUCAGGAUUGUAGAUGUCGGUGGUCAGAGAGGACAGAGAAGGAAGUGGAUCCAUUGCUUUGAGAAUGUGAUGUCUCUCAUAUUUCUAGCCUCCCUCAGCGAGUAUGACCAACUUCUGGAGGAGAAUAACAAGGAUAACCGUAUGGUAGAAAGCUUGUCACUGUUCUACAUGACCAUCCACUCAAUGUGGUUUGCCAAUUCCUCCGUCAUCCUGUUCCUGAACAAAAUGGACAUCCUGGCUGAGAAGAUUCAGUUCUCAGAUCUAAAAACAUACUUUCCUGGAUUUGAAGGUAAACGUCGGGAUGUUCAAGAUGCCAUGCUGUUCAUCAGAAGUUUAUAUAAACACAAAGCAGUUUCCUACGAGACAAAGAACUCCAAAAACAUCUACUCUCACUUCACCUGUGCCACGGACACCAGAAACAUCCAAAAAGUCUUCACUGACGUGAAAGACACUGUCCUCCUCCUAGCCUUAAAGGAGUUUGAAAUAUUAUGAGCCCCAAAUGCACCUUCAGUUUGCAUAAUCAUCAGCCAAAUGAAUGUUUUAUCAUUUUUUAUAACAGAGCAUUCUUGGACAAAAUGUGAUUAUGAGUUAGUUUUCUAUUGGCCUGUAUGUAUGCUGGGCUGUUGGAGAAACUAUAAAACAUUACACAAAUGAAAAGGAUAACAAUACAAUAAAAAGUCAGCUUAAGGUAGCAACAAGUAUUAUGUGGUUAAAUGUCAAAAUAACUGCAAUAUCACACACUAGAGUUGUGUGGGGUGGGGGUAAAUUAAGCACGAUCUGCUGUGACGUCAUAAUCAUGUUGCAUUGUGGUCUAUGGAUCUGCCUGAAGAGUUGCUGCGUUCAUGCUAUGUCAAAAUUAUCAUUUUUCUAGAUGCCAACACGUGACAUUUUUCAAUAAUGCGUUUCUUGGUUAAAAUGAAGGGGUUGAGGGUCUGUCCAAAUAAACUUCCCUUUCCAACACUUCAAAAUGGCAUUAGGGAUCCCCCAAGGGGAAGUGCAUAGGGAAGUUUGUGAGUGUAUGUUUGCAACCUUUUUUCCAGCCAGUAGGAACAAAUUGUGUUCAAAGACGCUGUUUUUGCUCUAUGUCGCCAACAAAAAUAGUUCCAAUCAAAUCCACAGAUGAAGCGUCUCGCAUCGUCUCACUGGUUACUGAAUGAAUCCAUGUUAUAAUUCAGUCAAUGAUUCAAUUACCCAUUGACAAAGGGUGCGUCUAAUUCAGCUCCCUAGUUCAGUAGUCAGGGCACUGAUCAGGCAGCUGGCUAUUUUUAGGCUAUUUUCAAUCACAAAAUCCUUCCAGUGAACUGAAACAUUCGCUCCCUGAAAGGUACCACAAUGCAGCAUGAAAACCAGGGAGCAUCGUUGCUCGCUAUGUUCCCUUAACAGAAGUUCUGAAGUGCGAAACAUAAAUCAUGUGAGACAACUCACAACACAAAAUGACCCAUGAUCGAUGAUUUUUAAAAUACUAUUUAAUUUGUGUCGGGAAACAAACAUAGACUACAUCGCUAGACAGGUCAUGAACAUAAUCUAGCUAACAUUUAUAAUUUAGUUACUGCUAGAAUGUUGUACAAGCAAAGCAUUUAUCAAAAUGUACUUUAAAUAACAUUAAAAAAGAAUAUAAUAAAGAUAUCAGUUCUGCUGUUGUUCAUAAAUUGUAUUAGGGAAGUUGUCAUGAUGCUGGAAAUAGAGUCAUCAGUGUCCCAAUGUGUAGUGAGAGGGUCCUUACUGCCCGAAUUUGUGUAUGAUAUACUGAUUCGUGACCUAGGAAACUAGGGAGUCAAUUGAGAUGCACGCAUGGUCAUCAGUUACUUGCUUGGUUCCUGAACGAAUCAGACCUUUUGAACAAAUCGAAUGAUUCCAUGGCACAUUCUUUAAGACAGUUACUUUCAUAAUUAUUCAACAUAAUUUAUUCAAAAUGUUACAUUAAUUACAUUAAUCUUAUAACAUUAUUUAUGCAGUUAUAAUCAUGCAUCCAUGCCACCCCUGAUCUGCAUUAAGGGGUAAAAUACACUGUAAAAAUACACCUAAUGCAACUUCAGAUGCAGCUUCUGUUCCAUCUCUGCAGUGCAAGCAUGGAUUUUGCUGAUACUGAUUUGGUAACAGCCUAUUAUUCUA